AUGCCGAAGCAUGACAAAGCAGUCAAUGCUGUUGACCAGGAUUCUUAUGUUACUAAUGUGAUGAGCCUGACUACUCCUCUCCCUGUUAUCAAGAAGAAGUUGUUGCAAUCCGGUUUAUUUUCGGGUUGUGUUGAAGACUGUUACUACUGCUCGUCUCAGUCAAAUGGUUGUGUAAGGUUGAAGACUGGCGUUCAACGCUUGAUGGAUAAUCAAACGAUCUUGUUUGAAAGAAUGCCUUAUGCGGAAAACUUGUGUGAAGAUCUAGCUCAAAAAUUGAAAUUCGAAGACGUGUCCGUGAUCUCUAAGACUCAUGUGAGAAUUCCUACCAAGGGCCCCAGCUAUGGCAAUGAUGUGUACAUCCAUGGUGUGAGACAAGAAGCUUUGAAUAAUGAGCCUGUCAAAGUUCCCAGUCCCGACGUUGACAAUAUUGUAGGGACUAGUAGGGUUACAAGAAGCGGAAGGAUUUUCUCCUUGGAAAUCUCUCCAGAUGCCAAUACCUCGACCCAAAUUCCUGUUUCUGAUUCAACUGCUGAUGUGCGAGGAAAGGGACCAUUGCUGAAAUCAGUUCAGACACCAAUUGAAGCUACUAGUGAAGAAGUCUCCCAGAAAGAAAUGGAUGAAAUUCUGAAGAUCAUCCGGAAAAGUGAUUAUGAUGUGAUUGAACAGUUGGGGCACACUUACUCCAAGAUAUCCAAGCUAUCAUUGUUAACUUGUUCUGAGGCUCAUGCCAAGGCUCUGAUGAAAUUUCUGAAAGCAGCGCACGUGCCACAAGAGAUUUCUGUUAAUCAAUUCGAGAACUAUGUUGCAAGCUUGACAACCGACAACUACCUGGGGUUUUCUGAUGCUGAUUUGACUCCCGCUGGAAAAAAUCAUAACAAGGCCUUGCACAUCUCCAUUGAGUGUAGGGGCACUACUCUGUCUCAUGUGCUAGUGGAUAACGGUUCCUCGUUGAAUGUGUUGCCUAAAAUUGUGUUGGAUAGACUUGAUUAUGAAGGGAUGGUACUAAAACCCAUUGAUGUGGUGGUGAAGGCUUUCGAUGGGUCGAAGAGUACGGUCUAUGGAGAGGUUGAGCUCCCGAUCAGAGUGGGUUCUCAGACUUUCAAUUCCUUGUUCUAUGUGAUGGAUAUUCAUCCCGCUUAUUCCUGCUUGCUUGGGCGCCCGUGGAUACAUGGGGAAAGUGCUGUGAUAUCUACUUUGCAUCAGAAGCUAAAAUACCCUGCAAAUGGCAAGAUCGUCACUGUGCAUGGGGAAGAAGAGUAUGUGGUUAGCUAUGUGAAUGAGUACAAAUAUGUCGAAGUGAACGGCGAAUUCAUUGAGACUCCUUGCCAGACGUUUGAAUUGGUUCCUCAGGUUGUAUCUGCUGCCAAACACACUCCCACUGUUCCUAAAGUUACCCGGAUCCCUCCGACAAUGGCUUCUCUGAAGGAUGCUAAGGCUGUGGUUGAAGAAGGUGGUUGUACUGUUUGGGGCCAACUCAUUGAUGUCCCCUAUAAAUUUGACAAGCUUGGUCUAGGUUGUACUACUGGAACUCAAAAAAGUAAUCAUCACACCCGUUCUGGAGGAUUGAUGUCUCACUUCAUCAGCAAGGGAGUCAAUGCUUUAGAAGAUGGUGAGAGUAACUAA